AUGGCAAGCUACCAGUCCCAGAAGCGCCUUAACCUGCGCGGCCGCGACGGCCAGGUCGAGGAGACGGUCGCCAAGGCCGACGUCACGCUCGCCGACAUUGCCCGCGGCGUCAAGUCGCCGGGUGUCGCGCGCAUAGAGGCCAUCUCGGCGAGCCUGACCAUGGGCGAUCGCAUCAUCAUCUUCGCGAGCGCCUUCAUCCUCGCCUACGCCUACGGCCUCGACGGCGGCCUGCGCUUCAACUACCAGACCUACGCGACCAACUCGUUCGGCAAGCACUCGCUGCUCUCGACAAUCAACGUGGUCCGCGCCGUCAUUGCCGCCGCCGCACAGCCCACCGCCGGCAAGCUCGCCGACAUCUUUGGCCGCGUCGAGCUGCUCAUCUUCUCCGUCGUCUGCUACACGGUCGGCACCAUCAUCGAGGCCGCCGCGACCAAUAUCGGCACGUUUUGCGCCGGCAGCGUCAUCUACCAGAUUGGCUACACGAUUGUCAUUCUCCUCGUCGAGGUCAUUGUCGCCGACAUCACCACCGCCCGCUCCCGUCUCUUCUUCAGCUACAUCCCCGCGCUGCCCUUCAUCAUCAACGCGUGGAUCACGGGUGACAUUCAGGCCUCUGCCACGAAACACAUUACCUGGAACUGGGGCAUCGGCAUGUGGGCCAUCAUCUACCCCGUCUGCGCUCUGCCUCUUAUCAUCAGCCUCUCCUGGGUCGGCAUUCGCGACAAGGUCAGAGAGCACGGCCUGUUUGGCCACUUCUCGCAGUCUCUGCGCUCGGCCAACCCAUUCGCAAAGACGGAUGGCAGCAAUGCUUUUGUCCGCCUCGUCAAGUUCUCCAACGAGCUCUUCUGGGCGCUCGACGGCAUCGGCAUCAUCCUGGUUAUUGCUGUCUUCGGCCUGAUCCUCGCCCCUCUCACUCUUGCUGGCGGCUCUGCAGGCGGUGUGCCCCCUAAAUGGGGCUCUGCUGGCAUCAUUGCUCCUCUCGUCAUCGGCGUCUGCUGCAUUCCCGUCUUCGUCUUCUGGGAGCUGCGGGCCCCUGUCCCGCUCAUUCCCUUCCGCUUCAUGAAGGAUCGUGCAGUCUGGGCCCCCUUUGGCAUUGCCAUCUUCCUCAACUUUGCCUGGACCAUGCAAGCCGACUUUCUCUUCACCGUCCUUCAAGUUGCGUUUGACUUUAGCGUCAAGUCGACCUCGCGUAUAGCCCUGCUGUACUCGUUUGUUAGCGUCAUUGUCGGCACCUGCCUGGGCGCUAUCGUCUUCAAGGUCCGACGUCUCAAGCCCUUCAUCAUUGUCGGUACUUGUCUGUUCAUGGUUGCCUUUGGCCUGCUGAUCCACUUCCGAGGAUCUGUCGACGCCAACAGCAGUGUCCGGGCCGGCGUCAUCGGCGCCCAGGUCGUGCUUGGCUUUGCCGGUGGUCUGUUCCCGUACACCACGCAGGCGUCUCUGCAGAUACAGGUGCCCCACGAAAAGAUGGCUGUCCUCACGGGUAUCUUCCUGGCCAUGUACAACAUUGGCUCGGCGCUGGGAUACUCUGUCGCUGGCGCCAUGUGGACGCAGCUGCUGCCCCCAGAGCUGGAGAAACGCCUUGCUCCCAUCAACGCCACCUUGGCUCAACAGGCGUACGGCAAACCCCUCGACUUCAUCGUCUCCUACCCUGUCGGCACACCCGAGCGAACGGCCAUGAUUGGCGGAUACCAGCACAUCCAGAGGCUGUUGACCAUUACUGGUAUCUCGCUGUGCGUGCCGCUCAUCAUCUUUGCCCUCCUCAACCGCAACGUCUACCUCACCGACGAGCAGAGCUUAGUCAAGGACUCGGAUGUGUCCUCCGACGAGGAGACUGGCACGGAGCACAUUGCCACUGAGAAGAAGUAG